CUUCAACAAAUGAGACCGUAGCCUACGCUUGAAAUACUAGAGAAGAUACGCAUUCAAUUUUAUUGUGUCAGUUGCGUAAAAGCGGUAACGUUACGGAGGAAAAUGUUGUCAAAAGCUGUCAAAGCGUGUUAUUCUGGUGUGAAACAUGUAUGUCGAGGUGGACAGGUACUUUCUUCUGCAAAUGCCAGAAUGCAGCACAGCCAGCCCCAGGAAGGGAAAGUUCCCCCGUCCAAUCGGCCGGAGACGUCCAGCGCCAAGACUCUGAUGGACAUCGGCACCCGCAGAAUCUUCAACGAGGAUCAUGACAUGUUCAGGGAGAGUGUCCGACGUUUCUGGACAGAGGAGGUGGUGCCCUACCACAAGGAGUGGGAGAAGGCAGGUAUGGUGAGCAGGGAGCUGUGGCAGAAGGCUGGGGAGCAGGGUCUGUUGGGCAUCCUCACUCCAGAGGAGCACGGGGGGAUCGGAGGUGAUCUGCUGUCUGCAGCUGUGAUGUGGGAGGAGCAGAUGUACUCUAACUGCUCUGGCCCAGGCUUUGCCCUCCACUCUGAGAUCUGCAUGCCCUACAUCAGUAACUAUGGCUCCAAGGAACAGAUUGAUCGCUUCAUACCCCAGAUGGCUGCUGGUACCUGCAUCGGGGCUAUCGCCAUGACGGAGCCGGGAGCUGGCAGUGACCUCCAAGGUGUCAGGACGUACGCUAAGAAGGACGGCGAUGACUGGAUCCUCAACGGCAACAAGGUGUUCAUCACCAACGGCUGUAUGGCCGACAUGGUGAUCGUGGUGACCGUAACGAACCGCGAGGCGAAAACAGCGGCCCACGGGAUCAGCCUCUUCCUGGUGGAGAAAGGAAUGCCGGGCUUCCAGGCGGGCAAGAAGCUGGAGAAGAUUGGCCUGAUGGCACAGGACACGGCUGAGCUGUUCUUUGAGGACGUGCGUCUCCCUGCUUCUGCCCUGCUGGGACAGGCCAACAAGGGCUUCUACUACCUGAUGAACGAGCUGCCACAGGAACGCCUGCUGAUUGCAGACAUGGCCAUCGCCAGCAGUGAGUUCAUGUUUGAGGAGACCAGGAACUAUGUGACUCAGAGGAAGGCUUUCGGCAAGACCAUCGCACACCUUCAGACUGUGCAGCACAAGCUGGCAGAGCUGAAGACUGAGAUCUGUGUGGGCCGCUCCUUUUUAGACACCUGUCUCCAGCUUCACACAGAGAAACGCCUGGACUCUCAAACAGCCUCUAUGGCCAAGUACUGGGCGUCUGACCUCCAGAACUCUGUGGCCACCCGGUGUCUGCAGCUCCACGGAGGCUGGGGCUACAUGUGGGACUACCCCAUCGCCAAGGCGUUUGUGGAUUCCCGUGUCCAGCCCAUCUAUGGAGGAACCAAUGAGAUCAUGAAGGAGCUGAUCGCCCGCAGUAUCGUCAGCCAGAAGUGAGGGAGACGUCCCAGUGACAUCACCAUGGAGGAGAACUGGGAAGUGGUUAACAUAAGUCUCUUAACACCAACAGCAGUUUUGACUGGGUUAGCUACUGAGCUGGUUGUCCGUGCCUUUUUAAGUGAUUGUCAUGUUCACUGAAGGUAGGCUAGUGGUAUUUCUGGGACAAAUCUCAACUUCCACUUAAGUCAAAUUUUUACUUAUUCUCCCAUAGAGAUCAAUGCAUGACUGAGAGAAACAUUUUACUUAAGUGGAACUUAGGAUUCACUCCUCUUUGAAUAAGCAUGGAGUGAAAUAAUAGAUAUUCAGGUUUUGUCAUUUAUUUUCUAAUAUUGCUGGGAAUGUGUUUUUAACAAUCUAGAUGUAGGGUUGUUUAUCCCUUUCCUCUUGGCUUCUACAAAGUCAACAAUAUGUUAUUAAAUCCGUCCAUCCUUUCACACUUGAAAUCUAAAAAGGUUUGAAACCAUGAUCAAAUAAAUGCACAGAGUUAAGUUGUAUAUUUUUGUAAUACCACCUUUGUGUUUGUGUCCGACUGUCUUUCCUGCUGUGUUUAUGGGGGUGGAAAACUAAAUGGUAUAGUCCUGUACGUUAGAAUGUUUUAGUUUGAAUGAACAGCAUUUUAUCCAUCAUUUGUUCCUAGCUCCAAACCGGAAGUGCCCUUGCAUUCUUCUCCUGAUAACUAUUAAUGGUCAGCAUUAAAGGGGGAAGGGGGAGACCUAGUCAGUUGUACAACUGAAUGCAUUCAACUGAAAUGUGUCUUCUGCAUUUAACCCCUCUGAAUCGGAGAGGUGCGGGGGGCUGACUUAACACCUCAACAAGCUGGGAAUUAGAACAUUGCAGUAUUGUUGAACAUUUUAAACGCCACCUUUUUUGACAUUUUGUAAUGUAAUAAUAUUGCUUGUUUAUUAAAGUUAUACAAUUUUGGUGAUCCCUCUUCCAAUUUGGA